UUCUCUUCGUCUGCAACUGCUCUCUCUCCGGUAAUUGCAUUCGAGGAUUCACUCUUCCGAAGGCAUUCAUCAGCAAUCAUGAACUUCAGAAACCUUUUCCUGUCCUUCUUCUUGGUCCUGGCGGUCGGAUUCGCCCUCGUCCACGCCGAAGAGGCUAAGCCUCGGGGCCCGAAGAUCACCAGUAAGGUUUAUUUCGACAUCGAGCAUGGCGACAAGCCCUUGGGCAGAGUUGUCCUUGGUCUGUACGGCAAGACUGUUCCCAAGACCGCUGAAAACUUCCGGGCUCUGGCUACCGGCGAGAAGGGCUUCGGUUAUGAGGGCUCUACUUUCCACCGUGUCAUCAAGGAUUUCAUGAUUCAGGGUGGUGACUUCACUCGUGGCGAUGGUACCGGAGGCAAGUCCAUUUACGGCGAGAAGUUCGAGGACGAGAACUUCAAGCUUAGGCACACUCGCAAGGGUCUGUUGAGCAUGGCCAACGCCGGCAAGGACACCAAUGGAUCUCAGUUCUUCAUCACCACUGUCCCCACUCCUUGGCUCGAUGGCCGCCACGUCGUUUUCGGCGAGGUGCUUGAGGGUUACGAGAUUGUCGCACAGAUUGAGAACGUGCCUAAGGGUCGCGGUGACAAACCUUCGGAGACGGUCAAGAUCGUGAAGAGCGGAGAGCUGCCGUCGGAGGAGCCGGCUGAAGAGAAAGGUAGCAGCCACGAGGAGUUGUAGACUGGCCUUUCUGCGGUCUGCACUUGCUUCUAGAAAAGUAAAGUCUGCGAUGUGCUGAUAUUGCUGUGUCAAGAAGAACUGAUCUCGGAGAUCCCACCACAACCUUCAGCAACCCCUAUGGCUCCUCCAGUUGCCUCUCUUAUCACCUCUGAUAGUUACCCUUACAUCUACCCUAAGAUCGCAGCUCUCGCCAUUGUUGUUGGUCUGCUGUUGAUUUUGAUCCGACGCAGCACUCCGGGACAGCGGGAAAAGGCUGAGAGAAGUGUUGUCUAAAGAAGAAAUGGCAGCUCCGCCAAGCAGCAACAGAUUCUUACUCUGUAGUUUACCACGAUAAUCCAUGAACCAGUGUAGUCGUGAUUCGUU